AUGGGUUUUAACUAUAUCAAUGGAAUACCAAGUAUUUAUUCAACUUGUGCAAAUUUAACUCAAAGAUGUGAACCAGUUUAUCCAUGUUGUUCACCAAAUCUAUGCCAAGUAAUAAGUAGUGAAAUUGGUACAUGUGUAGAAUGUUUUCAAUUAGAAGUUGAUUGUCAAUAUAACCAACAAUGUUGUAGUGGUCUCUGUUUUAAAAAUGUUUGUACAAUGUUGUCACUAAAUUAG